GCCGCAGCGACCCAGAGACCCACCCGGGCGGCAGCAGAGGGACCUGCGAUCUCUCCGGAGCCAGCGGCGGGGGCAGAUCGAACCGGACUACAUCUCCCAGAAAGCGCCGCGGUUGAGGCCCCCACGUGCGCCCCGGCGCCGCCUGUGUGUGCGCGCGGGGCAGGCGGCAGCGCGGGCAGCCCGCGGGGGCCUCAGCGGGAAACAUGGACGACGAGGAGGAGACGUACCGGCUGUGGAAGAUCCGCAAGACCAUCAUGCAGCUCUGCCACGACCGUGGGUACCUGGUGACCCAGGACGAGCUGGACCAGACGCUGGAAGAGUUCAAGGCGCAGUUCGGGGACAAACCCAGCGAGGGCCGCCCCCGSCGCACCGACCUGACCGUGCUGGUGGCUCACAACGAUGAUCCCACCGAUCAGAUGUUCGUGUUCUUCCCCGAGGAGCCCAAGGUGGGGAUCAAGACCAUCAAGAUGUACUGCCAGCGCAUGCAGGAGGAGAACAUCACCCGGGCCCUGAUCGUGGUGCAGCAGGGAAUGACCCCCUCGGCCAAGCAGUCCCUGGUCGACAUGGCUCCCAAAUACAUCCUGGAGCAGUUCCUGCAACAGGAGCUUCUCAUCAACAUCACAGAACAUGAGCUGGUGCCAGAGCAUGUGGUCAUGACAAAGGAGGAAGUGACAGAGCUGCUGGCCCGAUACAAACUGAGGGAGAACCAGCUCCCCAGGAUCCAGGCUGGGGACCCCGUGGCUCGGUAUUUUGGGAUAAAGCGUGGCCAGGUGGUGAAAAUCAUCAGGCCCAGCGAGACAGCGGGCAGGUACAUCACCUACAGACUGGUGCAGUGACCCCAGCGGGUGUGAGGAGCAGCUCACAGGCACUCAGAGAUUCCUGCACUUCAGGGAUGGCCAAGGAAAUUCUCUUCCAGGUGCUGUCACUGCACCUCAGUCCCUGUUCUCCAGUUUGGACUUUACAAUAACCCCUCAGUCCCACCAAGGACUCAGCCACAGAGACCUGAAACAAUGGGAAGAAAUGAGUGGGAAAGGCCKUUGCUUCCCUAUUUWAUGGGCUUUURUUUGAAAUAAAGGUUUGUACCCUCA